CAUUGUAGAAAUAAACCAUGCAAAAAUGAAAAAUUAAUAACAAACAUACACUAUGUACUAUGUAGAUAGGUCAAUCCUAAAACAUGUACUCUUGAGCCCUUGUACCAGAUUAGAGGCAUAAGUGCCUUGAAAGAGCAUUUUCUUACAUUUUUACUUGAACAAGUAAACUACCAUAAGAAGAUUAAGAACCACAACUAUCAUCAUUCUGUUAUUGUCAAAUUUGCCACCACGCAUGAAAAAAAAGUCAAUAAUGUCAACAUUGUUGACAAUUGAAAAAAAGUCAAAGGAGCAGUUAGGCCCAACCCAAGCUCACAUGUCAUCUUGUUGUGUCGAGUUGUAUCGUGUCGUGCUUGCGUGCCUAAAUCAAAUUUAACUUAUGUUAUUGUGUUUUGUUGUAGGAUUGCAGAAUGUCGUGUCUUGUUGUGCUUCUUCAAAUAAAGGAUUGACUCAAACUCGGCUCCUGACACGACAAACGCAAAAUUGUGUUAUGUGCUUAUGGCAUAACAUACCUGUUAAUGUGUCCUACCCUCGUACUUUUUCCAUGCUGGUCGUGGACCAGCUAAAUCUUUAGUUUUCCAUGCUCCAAAUAUGCCAGGAACCCUAAAUAUGAAGAAAAUCAAGCUCUAAACUUUUACUCACUUUCAAAAGAACAUAAAUUUGCAUCCCCCAAAAAGGUCAAAAACAAAGUAAAGCAAACUAAAGCAGUACAGUUUCAUCUCUGUUCAUUACACAAUACAAGCUUCUCUCCUCGUUUGAUUAUUCAAAUGGCAAAGAAUGUAUCUUUCAUCAUCUCUUACCUCCGCCAAAUCCCUAAACCCUCUUUUAGACACUGUUCAAUGAUAUCCCAACCUCAAAAUCAACAGCAACAAGAACAAUUGAUUACAAAAAUUGCUGGAGAAGUUUGUGAAAUCAUUCAAACUCGCCCCAAGUGGGAGAAUACACUAAAAUCUCUCUUCCAAUCCUUCAAUUUCUUGGACCCCAGAUUCUUCUGUGAGGUACUUAAGCUUCAAAACAAUGCAUUUUUCUCUCUUCGUUUAUUCAAUUGGCUUAAAUCUCAAUCUGGGUAUUCCCCUGAUCCCAUUUCUUGUAAGUCUUUGUUUGAUGCUCUUGUUGAAUCUAAGGCUUCUGUUGUUGCGAAAUCGAUUUUCGACUCGUAUCCUAAGUUGUUUAAUCCUGACCCAGAUUCAUUAGAGUCUUUGAUUUGUUGUUUGUGUAAUGAUGGUUAUGUUAAUGAUGCUGUUGAUUUGUUUGAAAAAUUGAAAUUAAUGGGGCGUUGCCCAUCAAUUGUAACUUGGAAUACUGCCUUUUCCGGGGCGGUUCGAGUUAAGAGAGCUGAUAUUGUUUGGAGUUUGUAUGGGGAGAUGAUGAAUAGUGGGGUUAUUGCUGAUGUUGAGACUGUUGGGUAUUUGAUUCAAGCUUGUUGUAUUGAUAACAAUGUCGAGAGAGGGUAUGAGCUUUUUCGACAAAUUCGGAAUGGUGGGGUUGUUCCUGAUAAUGUUGCUUUGAAUACAUUGAUUAGAGGGCUUUCUAUUAGUGGAAUGCAUGAUAGGGUUUCUGAGCUUUUGCAUUUGAUGAUUGAAACAAAUCAUAACCCUGAUAUUUUUACUUAUCAAGAAAUAAUUCAUGGUCUUUGUAAGUAUGGAAAAUUGAGUGAAGGGUAUCGGAUUUUUAAUGAUCUCAAGGCUAGAGGGUAUGCUCCAGAUAGGGUGAUGUAUACAACCAUGAUUCAUGGCUUUUGUAAGAAAAAAUUGCUUGGAAAAGCUAGGAAUUUGUGGGUUGAAAUGAAAGAAAGGGGUAUACUUCCAAAUGAGUAUACUUUUAAUGUGCUUAUUCAUGGAUAUUGUCAAAUCCAUAAACUUGAAGAGGCUUUGAAACUGGUAAAAGAGAUGUGUGAUAGAGGUUGUAAAUUGAACACUGUAAAUUAUAACACCUUGAUUGCUGGAUUGUGUAAGGAUAGACAGAUAAAGGAAGCUUGUGAGUUGUUUGAAGAAAUGUCUCAGAGUGGUGUUGCUCGUGAUGUACUUACGUACAACUAUCUUAUCCGAGGUCUCUGUAGGGAAGGAUAUGUGGUUAAGGGUCAGAUGCUCUUUGAAGAGCUUUUGGCACAUGGAUUGCUGCCUUCAACUUCAUCAUAUACACCUUUUAUUAAACAACUUUGUCGCCAGGGAGAAACUCAGCAAGCCUUAAAGCUACUGACUGAUAUGGUGAACAGGGGUGUUGAACCUUCGAUAUACAACCGGGAGUGUAUUAUAGAUGGAUUUUGCAAGGAAGGAUUACCAAUCGAAGGGAUGCAUUUGUUGUUAGAGAUGUUAGAUAGGAAGCUUAUUCCAAGUCAGAACAUCUUUUUGAAACUUAUUAUAUGUCUUCUUCAGCAAAAUGAGCUGGAUUCUGCUCUUGUUGUUUUGAAUUUUAUGGUGCAAGUAGGCUAUACGCUUGGGGAAAUUCCAUGUCGUUCCCUUGUUAGGAAAUUUUGUAGUAGUGGUUCAAACCAUGUCAAGUUGCUUCUCCAUGAUAUCAUCUCCAGUAGCCAGCUUUCUUAGUCUUUUCGCAUGAAUGUACAGCCUUGAUUUUUAUGGUUGCAAAUUCUCACCAUCAUUCUUUUGGAUCUCAUUACUCUGGAAAGAAAUUGUCUUUAUAGAGGUUGUUCCUGAUUUUCUUUUUUCCGGCUCAUACAUUCUCCUUUAAAGAGAAGAAAGUUUGGUUAUGAUCAAUAGCUGACUUUGGGCUCUCAACAGUUUGCUUUGGUGCGCAGAUAAUGAGAUAUUGAGCAGCAGUGAGCUAUUGGCAAGUAGUUUCUUCAUCUGCUUACAACACAACUUCUAUAUACAAAGCACUAAGAUUUUGCACCAACCAAACCUGGUAAACUUAAAAGUUGCAUUUUCUCAGAAAGUGCUUCAUGCGAAAGAGAUACUGAUAUACUGGUAGCCCAUACUACAGUAAUUGCACUUACCCUCCUGUCAUGGUCUUCUAUGCUGCUACUUAUGGAACUCCUCAGGAAAAUUCUGGUCUAGUGCCUUUUGCUCUUUAUGGCUCUUUAUGGCGUGUACGUUACCUAAAAAUUUGAGUCAAAUCAUCUGGCAGAUUGGAACUUUCACAUUUAUUGACGUUGUAUAUGGAGCAAUUAAGGAUGAAAAGUAUCAAAACUGCAUGGGAGUAAGAUAUGUUGAUUUUUUGAGGACAUUUUAUUAUUGAUUAUACACAUGUAUGACAUAUGAAUAUGCUGGCCAAUGUUAUUAGGGUAUCAGACAAGGCUUAGUUCUUCAUUUGUCUGUGUAUGUCAAUGGAUUGUUACAUAUAAAGAAGCACUAGUGCAUUGAAGAUUAUAAAAUAUUUCUUUUUUAAAUGGCUCAUCAUCUGAUCAAUCAGUCAAGUCCAUGUUUGUUAAAAUAUGUUCACUCUCACACACAAACAUGACUUGAUUCUUCUCUUUUUGGGUUUAGGGGUUUGGGAGUUGAGAGGAACUAUCUAUGUCAGAGGACAAAACAUGCCACAGUUAAGAAUCUGCUACAAAAGAAGUAUGAAACAUAUGAUAUCUAAUUUUAUCAACUCCACUUCUCUGUUUUGAUUUUUGUACAAUAAACCUCUUUUUAGGUGCUGCCAGUGCUGGCAAUAUAUUGUUUGGAACACCAACCUCCUGUUUCACCCUAUCCAAGAUGAUGCAAUUUGCCAGUGAAGUGAAUAUAAUUACUCUCCUCGUAAUGUUGAGUCUUGUAUCAUGUUCACCGUCUAUCUAUUUGAGUGUCUUCUUGUAUACAUCUCAAAUAUGCAAUUAAGUGCUUCAAUGUGAUUGAUUUGCUUAUUACUUAAUCUUAUAUUGUUGGAUUAGUUUGUCUAGGUUUGAGUUACCUUCUCAAUUUCUUGCCAAUUCCACAUUUGAGUGAUGAGCUAUCUAGGAGCUGAUUAGUUUUAUUACAGGUCCUCCAAAAGCUCCUUAGGUCUCUCUAAGGAUUGUGUCUCUCUAGAACUUUCAUCUUGCUUAUUACAGGACCUAAUACAAAGAUACUUCCUUUCUUCAUCUUGCUUUUCAUUGAGAAUUUUAGUUUUCCUUCUUUUUUAUUUUUUUUUAUAUAUUUUCUUCUGUAAUGCUU